AUUCCGCUGCAGUUUACCUUACUAAUCCACACACACACCAAAAUGAAUCAGAGUCAAUUGAGUUAAGAGCACAGGCCAAAAUUUUAGUUAAUUAGAAUUUGCCGAUAAGUGAGGGUGUUGUACGAUUUUAAUAAAAUUUAAAGUACGGAAUAGUCGUAUCUUUUAUACAACGGUUAGUCAUAGGGGACAACGCACAUUGGUAUUUGUUUCUUUUUUUAAAUAUAUUUUUAAUAACGCUUUUAUGAAAUAUGUCUCACAACACAUUAAACAUUGAAGAACGUAAAGAGCCAGUUUUAUUUACCAAACAUGCUAAGUAUUUUAUACGUUUUCUUAACGUCUUACCAGCUCGAUUGGCAUCACACGAUUGUACCAGACCAACAAUAGCAUUUUAUUCUGUAUGCGGCUUGGAUGUACUUAACUCUUUACACCUACUGACACCGCAGAUGCGAAAGGAUAUAAUCGAAUGGAUUUAUACUGGUUUAGUAGAACCAUACGAAAAUGAACCAUGCAGGGGUGGUUUUCAGGGGUCUCGUGUAAAGAUAAAUAGUGAUGACAAACAAUUACUUGACAGUAUAAGAUGUUAUCAAUGGGGUCACUUAGCGAUGACAUACACUAGCAUCUGUGUGCUUAUAACACUUGGUGAUGACUUGAGUCGUUUGAAUCGGCAGAGUAUUGUAGAUGGUGUUGCUACCAACCAACGAUCCGAUGGUAGUUUUAGCGCAUGCAUAAAUGGAUGUGAAAGUGAUAUGCGCUUUGUUUAUUGCGCUGCAGCUAUUUGUCAUUUGCUAGACUAUUGGGGCAAUGUUGAUAAAGAUAAAAUGUAUAGUUUUAUUAAAGACAGUAUUCGUUAUGAUUAUGGUGUGAGCCAAAGCGGUGAAGGUGAGUCCCAUGGGGGCACAACAUUUUGUGCUAUUGCUGCUUUACAUUUAAGCGGUCAACUAGGUCGUCUCGAUGAGAAAACAUUGGAAGGUAUUAAACGUUGGUGUUUGUUUAGGCAGAUUGAUGGUUUCCAAGGGCGUCCCAACAAACCAGUUGAUACCUGUUAUUCAUUUUGGAUUGGAGCUACUUUACGUAUACUUAAUGCCUUCACAUUGACUGAUUAUAUUGAGAAUCGAAAAUAUAUAUUGGAAACACAGGAUACCAUUGUCGGUGGCUUUUCCAAAUGGGCACAAUCAUCAACUGAUCCAUUCCAUACUUAUUUUGGCAUUUGUGGUUUAUCAUUUUUAGAAGAACCCGGCUUAGCUACAGUUAUGCCAAGUCUAAAUAUAGCAAUGCCAGCAUAUAAGCGUUUACAGCAAUUGCACGCCCAAUGGCGCACAAAUUCCACAGAUGAUAAAUAUUUCAAUUCAACUAAAGAGCAUGAAAGUGAUACAGAUACGAUUACCUCGCCACUAAUUAAAGCGUAAAAUGAUAUUCACAACUUUCACAGCUUACACAGCUCAGUUCAAGUUCAGGGUUAAUAGUAUGUGUGUCUGAAUCAAGUACAAUAAAUACGCUGACAAAGUACGCUACUAUUUUAUUGACUAUAAAUUUUUUAUGCUAUUUUUUUAAAUAAAAUUAAUAAAAUUUUGAUCAUUUGAUUUAA